AUGUUGACGAAACUAGGAUGGCGCCUCGGCGCCCUCUCGCGACCGAUACACAGUCGGAUUUCUUCACAAUCGAUGGCAAGGUCAAUUUCUUCAUAUAGGAUUGCCCAACGACCAAGAAUACAACUCCUCUCUCGCAACCCGUCCAACUCGCAGAUCCGAUCAUACACCUUCUACCAGCGAUUCAGGGACAAUUUCCGAGUUGCCGCACGAAAUGUCCAUCGCAAGCAUCCUAUCGGAUUUCCUCUUACCCUCCUUUUCGCCCUGGGAAAUACCGCGCUGCUAGUGUACAUUGUCUACGACUUUAUGACUCGAGUGAAUCCGGAAUUCACAAAAUUCCCCAAGGAAAUGGCCACACCUCUUCGAAAAGCAGUGUAUUAUACCGAGAUGGACCUUAACCCUACGUCAGCAUUGGCUUAUUAUAAACAAGCAUUGGCCGCUGGGUAUGAGUUGGGACUACAUCCAUUUUCAGAUGAGAUGCUGGGCAUACGAUUGGCGGUGGCUUCGAUGCUGGAGAAGGCGAAAUUGUUUGACGCAAGCAUUGAAGUCCUCGAGACGAUCAAGCGUGAUUGCGAGACUUGGCUAGAGAAUGGAAGGAGGCGCAAGCUGAUUCUGGACCGGGAAAAGCAGAGCGGGAAAAUUACCUUGCCUGAUCCAUCUGAUUCGGGCGCCGUAGCUGAACAUGAGGCUAGUCUGAAAAAGGAGCAAGAAGAGGAGAGCCUGCGUGAUAAGGUGGUGAAGAAAAUACCGGGAAUUAGCCUAAAACUGGCGGAUCUAUACUCUGAGCAAUACCCUGAUGACACUGCGAAGGCUGAGAAGCUGCUUACUUCUGCCUUUGAAACUAGCCGGGCAGAGCUUCAACGAAGAAGGGAUUUGAAUCUACCUAUUACUUCGGACGAGGAGAACCCUUCAUUUCUUACCCUUUCCGAAGCUGGCACUGCAUGCAGUGAAUUGGCUGACCAUUAUGUAAGUAAAGGCAGAAGCGACCUAGCAACCAUUCUGUACAUGCAAGCAAUAUCCUUAUUCAAGGAAGAUGAAGGAGACGGACAGCAUAAGUGCAUCCAGGCAGUCCUCCUGAAUAAUAUUGCGAGUCAGAUGGCGGAACAAGCAGGAAAGGUUCCUAUAGGUGCGCCUUUGCCUUCAUCUACUUCUUUAAACCCAGUUUCGCGAGAACAGCUGCUUUCUGCAGCAGGAGAGUGGGCUAGGAAGGCAUUGGACGUUGCUAUCAAUGUUGAGGAAUCAUAUAAGAGCGAACAAUGUGACCAGGCAUGUGUGGUUGCUCUGUUCAACUUGGGAGAGAUAGCCGAGAUGCAAGAGAAUCCUCGUCAGGCUGAGGAGUUCUACAGGCAAGCCAAGGAAGCAGCUAUCAAAGUACAGUUCACGGAAGGAAUUGAACAGGCAGGAGAAGCGCUAAAGAGGUUAAAGAGCAAGAAGUGA